UUAGCAUUGUCAUAGUAUUUAUUACUACAAUUAAAGUAAGCCAUCGUUGAUCAUACAUUAAAAAUCUAGAUUCUAGACUUUCUGAUUUCUGCUUAUAUUUAUUAUUUGUGUUUGAUAAAUUAUUAGUGAUAUGGUUGUACAGCAUUAGUAAACAAAAUUAACAUAAAAUUACCUGGCUUUCGACGUUUAGGUGCGUCAAAGUGAUAGAUUAUACCGAUGUUUCGCACUGCAUUCCAGCAGGCAUCUUCACGGUAAUAUCUACUACUUCGAUGUGACUCAAAAUAGAAAGCCAAUAAAGAUUUUUUUUAUAUCUGCUUAUAUAUUUUUUAUGUGGCUUAAAUAAUUUUCAUGGUUUUUGAAUUACAGUUGAUGUAUUAAUGCACAAAGCCUGUUAAUUUUCAUGAUCUGUAUCACAUUAUUAUUAUUAUGUACAUGCAUAAAGUUAAAACCACCUCUUUUAUUCUGUGGAGCAGGACGAACUAUCCAAAGGAAAAAGGUGGCAUGAGUGGUAGGCAACAAUGCACCAAUGCAGUUUUCAUAAUCAUAUAUUUCUCACAUCAGAUAUACAACAUCAAUUAGGCGGUGUAACUUGGCGAUGCGAUACAACUGGUACCAGUCCACGGUUGAAGGUUGCCUAAGAAUCAAACAACUAACACCACUUUCCGCGAAGACAUCAUGCUCCCAAAUGUAAAGCAUUUAUCCAUAUGUACGGCAAAGUGUAUGCUAUAUAAUGGAAAAUUUUUUGAUUGACAUGUACAUCUUAAAUCUCGCAUCCACGUGAAGUGCUUAACAUUCUCAAGUUGCAUUUCGAGGCUCUUACCAAAAAAUGCGUUUGUAAGUUCGUUAACCCAAAGUUAUUUGUAACUAGCUAUGGAUGUUCGGCCAGUGCUGCGCUCAGAGCGAAAGUUAGCAGGCACCAGUGAGCAAUGGUCAAAUCGGUGCAUUUAAAUAGGUGUAACGUUCAAAACUGCCCUCCGGUACAGUUCCUCACAAAAAUCUAGCAACUGCAGCACUAGCCAAAAGAUUUUACGCACCACAAACUUACGAGUGCAAGUCUUACGAAAAACGUAAAGGCAUGGCAGUAAUAAAGAGACAUAACUCAUAGCGCUGCACCAAAACCAAUUGCGUAAACACGCCAAAAUAGAUCACUGUUCAUGAACGGCGGGUUGCAAAAGUUUAAUGCACUCAACAGGCCUGAAGCUUGGCCUAAAGUAGUCUUUUGCUGACGCUUAGUUGUAUUGUCCUUGACCACUCUCUGGCAAGACGUCGUUCCAGAGAAAUAGCUGCCGUGUCGGGUGUUACAGUAAUAUAUAUUACUGCACUCUAGUAGGUAAAACUUAAACUAAUGUUGCAGCAGCACACUCUAGCAGACGAUGUGUGUACUACGACACUAGCACUCCUAGUAUCGAUUAUUGAACACAUUUUGGCGGCAGCACCCUCUAACAGUCGGUUUGUUCAAAAUCUUUCCUAGUAGCACGUACUUAAAAUAAAAAUGGCGACAGCCUACUAAAUAUGAUGUUAGUAUUCCUUUAAAUUAAAAAAAAAAUUACAAGUCCGAAUAUGUGUGUUCUUUUUUAUAGACCUUAAAUUCUCAGUCUGGUAAAUAUCUCGAUGUCCUUGGGGUCAAAGGCUUAUUUUUUCCAUUCCAAAGGUCCAAGCUGUCAUGGUUCGAAUCACCUCGCUUCGAAUGUAUUUUGUAGAAAACAUAAAUUUCAUAUAUCGAUAAGGGUCAUAACAGCACUGGUAGGUAAUGGAACAUCGAAAUUACGUGUAUUUAUAGAGCAAUGCUGACACACUCUAGGAACAAACAGCAGAAACAAAGAUGGUGGACUUAACAUCAUUCAAGUUGACGACCUCCAAAGAACAAAAAGAACUAUUUGGCUGCUGUGACAUCAUCCAAGAUGGUGGCCACAAUAAGACCAAAAAAAACCUCCAGCAGACUAAAACAAGAUAGCGGCUGUGACAUCAGAAUUGAAAAAAAGUGGCUGUGUACAGUAUGGCGGCCUCCAGCUGACGAAUACAAGAUGGCCAUCGUGAUGUCAUCCAAGAUGGUGAACAUGAUGUCAGAAUCCAAGGUGGUGGAAGGUUCUUCCGUGGCAAAAAAAAAGCAACGAUCGUGAGUGGGGUACUGGAUUUCAUUAUGACGGAAUUAAAGAUCACACACGAGGUAAAAUAUCAAGGUCAAGGUCAAAGUCAAUUGUAAAGGUCAUGGUUAUUCGAGACGGCUGUCGUGACGUCACAAUCCAAGAUGGCCGACAUCAACACACACACCACCCAGAACCCAGGUGCAGGACCGACAUUUAUACACUACACUUAUGUUUUCAGUUAGCAUCCUGUCGUUCGCCCAAGGCAAUUUGAUGGGUUGGAUAUCACUAAUACUGCCUCUCCUCCAGUCACAGGACACCCCAGCAGCAUUCCCGCCAAUAGGGGACGAGGAAGCCUCGUGGAUUGGCUCCGUCAGCAGUUUGGCGUCGAUUUUGUACAUCCCCUUAAUCUUGUACAUAGAUGGCGGCCGUAACGAAAAUUACAACGGUUACGUAACAAUUCAAAAUGGCGACUAUGGCAUCCUAAUUGUCAAGGUCAUGACCUCAGCGUCUUAUGGCGGCUCUUAGAAGCGGACUUUAAGCUGCUUUGCGGACUUUUCACGCCGCUGGCAUUUUUGAGGACUAAAAACGGGAAAUUCUUCCUUAAAACGGGAAUUUUUCCCUAUAAAUAGGGAAACAAAUUUUUUUCUUCCAAUUUUUGAGAUUUUUUGGCAGAAUAUGUUCCCUAAAAACUGUAAAUUUUGGCGGAUUUUUGGUAUAUUUUGAGGAAUUUUUAGUAAUUUUUAGAAAAUUUAGAAGGUCAAGGUCAAAGGCAUAUCUGAUGGCUGCCUUGAUGUCACAAUUUAGAGAUGGCGGACACCGCCACCGACCCCACACCCUAAACCCUGGACCAGUAUGCCCAUUUAUAUACUACUACGGACGAGUUUUGAAAUGGCGGAAACAUAUAUGGCAGGUGUGACGUAAGCAUUAAUUAUAUUAAAAUUUUAUUUAAAUUGUAAUUAACACAUUUUUUAAAUUUUUUUAAAUAAUAAAUUACAUUUUUAUUCUCGCCGGGAAACGAAACCAGGACUGAACUUGAUUAAGUAACUAAACAUUUGAAGUAAGCAAUUACUUUUUAUACAAUUUUUGGAUUUUUUUAGGAAUAUUUUUGGGUCAAAAAUUAAAUAAUUUCAAGUUUAUGGUCAAGGUCAAGGCUUUGUUUUUUGUCAUUUUAAGGAUUGGAAGCCUCUCAGAGGACAGUUAAGCCUCCAGGAGGAAAAUUAAGCGUCCGGAGUUGUUUUAGGAAAAAAAAAAUGGAUUUUCCCUCUCAAAAUAGGGAUUUUUUAUUUUAUUUUAGAAAUUUGAGGAAUUUGGACCAAAUUUGACACCAUGAUGGUUUCCGUGACGUCAGAGGCCGGUCUGCUCCAUGCUCUACAGUCUUAUACGUGCCCCAGAAGCCCCAUUAUUAUACUACUAGGGUAUUUCUGCAGAUGUUCUAAGAUAAAUAAAAGUCUGACUUUUGGCAGCUUUCUAUUACGCAUUUUAAAUUAAUGAUAGCAAAAUCCUAAGAUGUAGACAACACAAUUCCUCUCUUUAUAUCAGCAAGACGAAGUGAUAAGAAAUUUAUACUUUCGCAGCUCCUAGACUCGAAAACAAUGAAUCGAAUACUCACUAUCUGAUUAAAUGAAUAUUACUCAAUAUCUGCGCAUGUGCAUAAAUAAGAUAGGCUUGUAACUGCACGACAAUGGUAUCAUUAAACGUUUGAGAAGCAAGUGGAAACAACAGCACGAUGAAUAAGGAUACUAUAGUGGUGAUAACGCAAAACCUAGACAGGAGACAAAUGAGGAAAAACCAAUAUAUCUUAGCCGUAGUGGUGAGCAUCCUGUCGUUCGCCCAAGGCAAUUUCAUGGGUUGGAUCUCGCCGGUACUGCCUCUCCUCCAGUCAAAGGACACCCCAGCAGCAUUUCCGCCAAUAGGGGACGAGGAAGCCUCGUGGAUCAGCUCCGUCAGCAGUUUGGCGUCGGUUCUGUACAUCCCCUUGAUCUCGUACGUCGCCGACAAGCUGGGCAGGAAGUGGGCGGGUUACCUGGUCGCGGCGCCCUUCGUGACCUGUUGGGUGCUGGUUUUGUGCGCCGACUCCGUCGUCAUCAUGUAUGCCGCCAGGUGCCUAGGAGGUCUGUCUGCCGGUGGAGCCGGCAUACUAGUUCCGACCUUCAUCAACGAUGUGGCAGAAGAUGGCAUCAGAGGUCUUUUGGGAACAUUUUUUGGCUUGACGGUGAACCUGGGGACGCUGUACUCCUAUGUGGCGGGCUCAUAUGUGAGCUACUUGUGGUUCAACAUCAGCUGCCUCGUGGUACCAGUCGCUUUCCUUGUGGGGUUCUUCUGGAUCCCAGAAUCCCCUCUCUUCCUCCUGACGAAAGGGAAGGAGCAAGAAGCGAAGAGUACUCUCGCGUGGUUGAGGGAUGGCAGAUGCACAGAUGAAGAGUUUCUCCGGAUGAAAAUGAGGGCAGAAGAUUUUGUGAAGAAUAAACAAAAUAAGGUGACGCUAUCAGACAUAACGGACCGAGGCACAUUCAGGGCACUUUUGAUAUGCCUAGGAAUAAUGGCCAACGCAAGUCUUAGUGGCAGUGGCUCCAUCAUGGCGUACAGUGUGACGAUCUUUCAAGAUUCCGGAUCAACGUUGUCACCAAAUGUGUCCACCAUCAUCAUUGGUGCAAUUAUGGUCUUUGGUGGAUUUUUUUCGACAGUGGUGAUAGAAAAGAGUGGCAGGAGAUUACUUCUCAUAGCAGGCAACAUUACAAUAUCAGUUUGUCUAUUUCUACUAGGCUUAUUCUUCUACCUGAAAAACAGUGGUUCUGAUGUACACUUUAUUCAGUGGAUUCCCAUCACUAGCCUUUCUGGUUUUGUUUUCUGUUUUGGGUGCACUCUCGGCCCCAUUACAUUUAUUCUGACAACUGAACUACCAAGUGCCAAAGCAAGGGGAAUGGUUCAAAGCGUGUCCAUAAUCUUUGUUUCUGUGGCUAUGUUUCUGAUAACGAAGACAUUCACCAUCCUGUCUCAUUUGAUGGGAGCUUACGGGUGUUUCUGGCUGUACGGUAGUGUGUGUGUAUUGUCCUCUGUUGUAAUUUACUUAACAGUGCCGGAGACGAAAAAUAGGAGCUCAGAAGAUAUUGUAUCUCAGCUCAACAGUGAACAAUACAUAAUGUCUGUUAUUUCUCGUAAACACAUCCACACUGUGAAAAGUAUGAAAUAAGAUAUGGUUAUAGGACUUUCCAAGCUCGGGAAAAUUGUUUUUUAAAAAUUUUUUAACACAGCCCUUAACAAUAAUGUUAUGUGUGACCAUCCAGAAACCAUAAAGUGCAAGUCUUUUGCCCGGGAAGGUAUUUUACAUUAUAAAUAAAGGAAAACAUAUAUAUUAUUAUCGUUAUAUUAAUUAUUUCUAUUUAACUACUUGUUUUUACAAAGAUAUACAGUUUCUACGAUGAUAGAACAGUUAACUUUGCCAGACAUGAGCUUAGUUCGAGACAGCUUGGUUAAGGACAUGGUAGCAAUUCUCAGUUAUGAAAGGAAAUAGAAAAUGAAAACAGUUGAGGCCAAUAUCGAAACAUUUAAAGCUGUCCUGAGAGCCUCAAACGAUGACAAUAUUUUGGAUUUUUCCCCGUGCAUAUUUGCAUAUUUGCGGCAAUGUUGGUUAAGUAGUUUCCUUAAUAAAUAACCUUCCGCCUAGGUGAUACAAAUACCAUUCCCAACUGGUCACACCUGGAUGUGGUUUGCAAGUGUUGAGGUGGACGGUGCCGAGAGCUGAAGGAGUCUCGUGUUCUCUCAACAAGCAUAUUCGUCACGGAUCAAUCGUUUGUGAUCUUAGGAUUGUGUGUUUCCUACUGUUGAUAUCGAAGUAACUUGUUUAUAAGAUUUACUUCUAACUGAGAGUGCAAUAAAAGUAUAACUUAUUUAA